AUGAGUUUGAAUGACGAUUUACGAACACUGCUGAAGCGUGAGCGUACGAUUUAUAAAAGGGUAACUGUGGUGGAAGCUUUCAUUAAAAAUUACCAUGAGAGUAAUCAGUGCGAAGUUGAAGUGCGAUUGCAGGUGCUCGAGGAUGCUUAUAAGGACUUUUUCCCACUUCGUGAAUCGAUAGAGCUGAUGUUGGAUGAGAGUGAUGGACCCAGUAGUAUUGAAGGUAGCUCGAAGGUAUCCAUAGAAGAGGCGAAGAAGAUCCGUGACGAUAGAAACACACAGCAGCUUGCCGAAUUUGAAAAUAAAUACUGUGCUGUGAAAUCCCAGCUUUUGAAGUUACGUCCUAUACCCCAUCAAGCCACAUGUACGAAUCAUGUCCAAGCUGAACAAACGGCAUCGUUCACCAAGAUCAAGCUCCCCGAAAUCCGUUUACCUUCGUUCAGCGGAAAAACUCGCGAGUGGAUAGUUUUCCGUGAUACCUUUCUGAGCUUGAUUCAACAAAAUCCAAACUUAAACUCGAUGGACAAGUUCACUUAUCUCAAGUCGUCGCUUACAGGAGAGGCACUUCAGGAAAUAAAUUCUAUCGAACUCUCAGCUGCUAAUUACGAAGUAGCCUGGAAGGCUCUUCAGGGACGGUACGAAAAUAAAAAACUCAUCGUGAAGUCACACUUAGACGCAAUCUUCUCGCUAGAACCACUCAGGAAGGAGACAUGCGACGGAUUACAUCAUUUAGUGAGUGAGUUCGAGAAAAACUUGCAAAUGUUGGACAAGCUGGGAGAAAAGACUGCCAACUGGAGUACUCUUCUAGCUUAUAUGAUGUGCUCUAAGCUAGAUGCAACCACACAACGUCAUUGGGAAGUUAAACACAACAGCAAAGAAGUUCCAAUGUACCAGGAUUUGAUUAUCUUUCUUCGGAAUCAGUGUUCAGUUCUCCAGUCCGUGAUUCCACAGAAAACGUCCGCUGCUGAAACCCGACAGUUUAAAUCAUCAGUUUGCCACUCCGUUGUCAAGGUUGCUAACAAAUGCCCGUUCUGUGGAGAACCGCGGCAUUCACCGUUUCAGUGUACGAAAUUUCAGAGGAUGAAGGUAUCGGAGCGAAACGAGGCUGUGAUGAAAGCGAGGCUGUGCAGAAACUGCCUCUAUCCUGGUCAUUACGCUGGGUCUUGCGAGAAAGGAGUCUGUCACCACUGCCGGCAAAAACACCAUUCGAUGCUGCAUGCUGCGCCGGUAAGGUCCUCCGUUCCACCCUCGCAAACGAAACCUCCUACUGCAAACCCAACUACACGACAAGCACAGCCCAAGCCGCAGCACUCAAACCAACAAGCACACACUCAUUCAGACACUGCACUUGCAAACACAACCAACUCACACAAUACAGACUCACAAGCCAAUACCAGUUAUAGUCAUGCUACCGAUAGUCGUACCAGUCAGACUUAUGUUGCACUUCCUGAAACGUCUAGACCACAUCAAAUUCUGUUAUCGACGGCCAUCGUUAAGGUCAAAGACCGCUUCGGAAACACUUUACUGGCAAGAGCAUUGCUGGAUUCCUGCUCUCAGCACUGCCUUAUGACUAAGGAGUUCUCGAGAAAACUUAAGUUCCGAGUUACUCCUACGUACCUCUCCGUUCAGGGAAUCGGAUCCUCCCAGUGUGUGUCCACAAAGCUUGUGGCCGCAGAAGUAGCUCCGAGGUCCCGCAAAUUCUCUUCUUUCGAAGAACACAUGCAGUUUUUCGUCCUUCCGAAGCUUACGGUAUCGCUGCCUACCUCGAGUUUCAAUGUUUCGGAAUGGAACCUGCCCGAUUCAACGUUUUUGGCGGACCCAGGAUUCAACGCAUCCGGGCCGAUAGACAUUAUCAUAGGGGCAGAGUACUAUCUGGAUCUACUUACGGAAGGAAAAAUGCAGGCAACAGAAACUGGACCCACCAUACAAAAAACUGUGUUCGGUUGGGUCGUUUCCGGGCGUGCUGCAAGCGGCUCUACAAACAUUCCCCGGUCCAUCGUCAACGUGUGCUCUACAGCAGAUAUUCAAGAGCAGCUCACCAAGUUCUGGGAGCUCGAAACCUGCCACUCAGCUACCACGAAUUCCGUCGAAGAGUCAGCCUGCGAGGAGAUGUUCGAGAAAACAACAGUACGAGACGAAAUGGGAAGAUUCGUCGUCACACUACCAAAAAAGGACCAUCUGAUUGGCAGAUUGGGUGAUUCCAAAACCACAGCACUGAAACGGUUCGGCGGAAUGGAAAGGCGGCUUACAGCAAAUUCUGAGUUAAGGAAGCAGUAUUCCGCAUUCAUUCACGAGUAUGAAGAUCUUGGUCACAUGCGUGAAGUCGUGGAUGAAGAACCUAGUAAUCAAGUGAACUAUUACCUGCCUCAUCACGCCGUGCUGAAACCCGAAAGCACUACGACGAAGCUUAGGGUGGUCUUCGACGCCUCUUGUCGCACAUCCACAGGAGUUUCAUUGAACGAUGCGCUUUUAGUCGGACCAGUCGUCCAAGACGAUUUGCUCAACAUCAUACUUCGAUUUCGUCUCCAUCGUUACGCGAUUGUCGCUGACAUCGCCAAAAUGUAUCGUAUGAUACGCAUGCAGCCUGCAGACCAGCGAUUGCAGAGGAUCGUAUGGAGGGAUUCUGAGGAUCAACCCGUUCGCACGUACGAGUUAUGCACCGUUACGUACGGAACCGCUGCUGCACCGUACCUUGCCACAAGAUGCUUGCAGAAAUUAGCAGAAGAAGGAGCCGAAACUCAUCCAGAAGGCGCGAAAGUGUUGAAAAAUGACUUUUAUGUCGACGACAUGCUGUCAGGUGCCGACGAUGUCGAGAAAGGCAAGCGGUUUGUAGCAGAGAUGAUCAGCUUAAUGGAGUCAGCUGGCAUGUCGUUAAGAAAAUGGAACUCGAACUGCGAGGAGAUACUAUCAACUGUUCCUGAAGCUCUUCGAGAUGAACGUUCCGUGCUAGAGCUCGAUUCAUCCAAUUCUACAGUUAAGACGCUCGGUUUGGCUUGGGAGCCACAUACCGAUUGUUUCAAAUUCAGCACUCCGAAGUGGAACGAGACAGCAGCUAUUACAAAACGUACCGUCGUUUCAGACGUCUCCCGGUUAUUUGAUCCGUUGGGCCUUGUCGGACCUGUGGUCGUGCAGGCAAAAAUUUACAUUCAAGAACUCUGGAAGCUGGAGUGUAACUGGGACGACCCACUCAGCAGCGAAUUUCAAGAGCAGUGGCAGGAAUACAGAAGAAAUAUGAGAGGUCUCGAUGGAUUAUCGAUACCACGGUGGAUCGGAUUCGGCACAACGAUCCAGUCUCAGCAGAUCCACGGAUUUUGCGACGCAUCCGAGAAGGCCUAUGGGGCCUGUAUCUAUCUCCGAAUUGUUUUAGUCGAUGGAACCGUAUCAGUUCAGUUGUUCACUGCAAAAUCUCGGGUCGCUCCGCUCGAGAACCUAAAGAAGAAGAAAAAGCGGCAGACUAUCCCACGACUGGAAUUAUCAUCAGCGCUGCUGCUUGCUCACCUGUACGAGAAGGUUGUGAGUAGCACUAAUAUUAAUGCACAGGCAUAUUUCUGGACAGAUUCGAUGAUUGUUAAGUGCUGGCUAGCCUCACCACCGUCCAGAUGGAAGGAGUUCGUCGCAAACCGAGUCUCCGAAAUACAGCACAUCACGAAGGAAGGGACUUGGAAUCACGUUGCAGGCGUUGAAAACCCUGCCGAUAUUAUAUCAAGAGGGAUGUCUCCAGCUCAGCUGCAGUACCAGUCCGUUUGGUGGUACGGACCCAACUGGUUAUCGUUGGACGAAGAUCAUUGGCCACAAUCUCAGCAAAAUUCCGAAGAAUUUGAUCCGUCCACCCUAGAGGAGAAAGGCGUCGUGGUUGCGGUAGCACAAAGCACCGAACCGUGGUAUAUUUUCUAUCUGUUCUCAUCAUUCUCUGCGUUAGUUAAGGCGACAGCAGCCGCUCUUCGUUUUGGCUUCAAUUCCCAACCAGCAAACAAUAGCGUGCGGAAGGUUGGACCUAUUACUGUAAAGGAGUUCGACGAUGCACUCCGCGUAUUGGUGAGAAUGGCACAGAAAGAAUCCUUCCUCCAAGAAUACAUUGACCUCACCAACGGUCGUCAGGUUCGAGAGUCGUCCAGAAUAGCAUCUCUGAAUCCUCAACUUGUAGAUGGAAUACUCUGCGUUGGCGGCCGGCUACAAAACGCAACCAUAUCUUCCAGUCGAAAGCAUCCGUACAUUCUCGAUCAUCGUCACCCUAUCACGAAGCUCGUAGUCACCGAGUAUCAUCAGAAGCUGUUUCACGCAGGCCAGCAGGUCCUAAUCUCAUCCGUUCGAGAGAAGUAUUGGCCUACCAGCGUUCGCACCCUAGCUAGAAAGGUAAUCCACGAUUGCGUACGCUGCUUCCGUGCAAGGCCGAAGAUCCAAGAACAGUUAAUGGCUGAUCUUCCCUCGGAAAGGGUCACAAAGUGUAUACCAUUCCAACGUGUUGGAAUCGACUAUUGCGGGCCGUUCCAGGUCACCUACCCACAGCGUCAGUUCCGUCCAGUGAAAUGCUUCGUCGCUAUCUACGUUUGUCUGGUCACGAAAGCAGUCUACAUAGAUCUAGCAGCUGACCUCACCACCCGUGCAUUUCUUGAUUCUCUUACACGCUUCACUUCUCGUCACGGCAAACCCAGUAUUAUCAUGUGUGACAACGCUAAAAACUUCGUUGGAGCAAAGCGGCAACUCGACGAUAUGCUCAGAUUGUUCCACAACCAGAACUUCCAGAACAGCGUCAUCAAGCAAGCAGCAGAUGACAAGAUUGACUUUUGUUUCAUACCCGCACGCUCGCCGAACUUCGGGGGUCUGUGGGAAAGCGCGGUGAAGUCCUUCAAGACACUCCUCAAGAGGACCAUCGGCUUACGCAGUCUUGUUUACGACGAAUUUCAUACAAUUGUGGCGCAAAUCGAAGCAAUCCUAAAUUCGCGUCCACUGACACCGCUCAGUAAUGAUCCGGACGACUUUGAGGCGCUGACACCAGGGCAUUUUGUAGCACAGCGUCCUCUCGUCGCAAUUCCGGAGCCCGAUCUUCACGACGUGCCAGAAAAUAGAUUAUCAGCAUGGCAAAGAAUGCAGAAAGACGUGCAGUUAAUGUGGAAAAGGUGGUCGACACAAUAUCUCUCCGAUCUGCACAACCGAACCAAGUGGACCAGGAAGCGGGAUAAUGUCAAGAUUGGAACGAUGGUGCUUCUGAAAGAGGAAAAUCUUCCGCCACUCAAGUGGCUCCUGGGUCGUAUUACUGAUAUUCACCCUGGAAGUGACGGCAACGUACGUGUAGUGACCGUGCGAACCAAAGAUGGCAGCUACAGACGAGCAAUCAGUAAAAUCUGUGUACUGCCCAUCUCCGACAACCUCUAA